UCUUUGUCUCAUCCUAUAACAUAAUUCCUUUUAAUAAUUGGACCCAGAGAGAAAAUGGCUCUAACUAAAAGAGCAUUUUAUUUUCUCUUUUCUUGCUUAAUUCUAUUUAUAAUUUCUCUACCAGUUGAAGCUGAUGUUAAGAAAUACCAAUUUGAUAUUCAAGUGAAAAAUGUUAGCAGAUUGUGUCAUGCCAAGCCAAUUGUGACAGUCAACGGGAGAUUUCCAGGGCCAACAAUAUAUGCUAGAGAAGGAGAUAGGGUUCUUAUAAAUGUCACUAACCAUGCACAAUAUAACAUGUCUAUCCAUUGGCAUGGACUAAAGCAGUUUCGCAAUGGCUGGGCAGAUGGACCUGCAUAUAUAACACAGUGUCCUAUAAAAACAGGCAAUAGUUACACAUAUGAUUUUAAUAUAACAGGCCAAAGAGGAACUCUGUGGUGGCAUGCACAUAUCUUUUGGCUAAGGGCUACUGUCUAUGGUGCUAUUGUUAUAAUGCCUCAACUUGGAACCCCAUUUCCUUUCCCUCAGCCUGAGAGAGAAGAAGUUCUCCUUCUAGGAGAAUGGUGGAACAAUGAUGUGGAACAGCUAGUUAACCAAGGGAACAAGCUGGGGUUGCCACCAAAUGCAUCUGAUGCACAUACUAUCAAUGGAAAACCAGGGCCACUUUUCCCAUGUUCAGAGAAACAUACAUUUGCUAUGGAGGUCGAACAAGGGAAGACGUAUCUCUUAAGAAUCAUUAAUGCUGCACUUAACGACGAGCUUUUCUUUGCUGUUGCUGGUCAUAAUUUGACAGUAGUAGAAAUUGAUGCAGUUUACACCAAACCCUUUACAACUCAAGCAAUUCUAAUAGCACCAGGCCAGACCACAAGCGUUCUAAUUCAAGCAACACAAUCGCCUGGCCGAUAUUUUAUGGCUGCUAGGCCUUUCAUGGAUGCACCAAUUUCUAUUGACAACAAAACUGCUACUGCUAUAUUACAAUAUAAAGGCAUCCCAAAUACUAUUCUCCCUAUCCUUCCUCAGCUUCCUUCACCAAAUGACACAGCUUUUGCGCUAGACUAUAAUUCCAAGCUUAGAAGCUUGAAUUCUAAACAAUUCCCAGCAAAUGUACCUCUUAAAGUUGACAGGCAUCUUCUUUUCACAGCUGGUUUAGGGAUAAACGCUUGUCCUUCUUGCUUAAAUGGAACAAAACUAACUGCUUCUUUGAACAAUAUCACUUUUGUGAUGCCUCAAAUUGGUCUGCUUCAAGCUCAUUACUUCAAAAUCAAAGGUGUUUUUAGAACAGAUUUUCCAGAUAAUCCUCCAACUCCAUUUAAUUACACUGGUGCUCCUCUUACUGCUAAUCUUGGCACUACCUUAGGCACUAGGCUUAGUAAAAUUGCUUAUAAUUCAACAGUGCAAUUAGUACUGCAAGACACAAAUCUUCUUACUGUCGAAUCUCACCCUUUUCAUUUACAUGGCUACAAUUUCUUUGUUGUGGGAACUGGAAUUGGAAAUUUUGAUCCUAAGAAGGAUCCUGCAAAAUUUAACUUGGUUGAUCCUCCUGAAAGAAACACAGUUGGAGUACCUACUGGGGGAUGGACUGCAGUAAGGUUCCGCGCAGAUAAUCCAGGGGUUUGGUUUAUGCAUUGUCACUUGGAACUACAUACAAGCUGGGGUUUGAAAACAGCAUUUGUUGUUGAGAAUGGAAAUGGACCAGAUGAAUCUGUAUUGCCUCCACCUCAGGAUCUCCCUCUGUGUUGAUAAACAGAGUGUUCAAAGAGAAUGGUUAACUAUCUUUUGAAAUGACAAUUCCCAUUUCAUAAUUCCUUGAAGAGGUGAAAUAAUUAGAUUGGAGGCUCAUUUACCAAAAUAGGUAACAUAAUUAAACAUUUCAAUUUGUAACCAAUUGAAAUUGUAAUUGUAACUAAAAGUGAAAUUGUUAUGCAAUAAAAUUAUUGUUCUGCAGUGGCA